AAAAUAAGAGCAAAAAUCAAACAGUACGCACGCGAGCUCCAUAUAGAACAAACAACAAUAAAUCCGCAAUUUGCAGAUUAAUUUACACACUCCCUCUCUCUCUCUCUACUCCCUGCAUUGCGGCUAGGGUUUUCACCAAACCCUACCUCCUUCACUUUCUUUCGACCUUCUUCACCUUUUCUAGAUCUCUCAGCUCUCUAUUCGCCGCCAAAAUGAGUGAACGGCGUGAUUAGCGGUUUCACAAUCUGAAGGCCAGAGGUUUGCUAUCGGUGCUGUGGGGGAGAAAUGGCGACGGCGAAUCCUUUCGACUUGUUGGGGGACGAUGAUGCUGAGGACCCGUCGCUGAUCAUAGCUGCUCAGCAGCAGAAGGUGGACCCGAAGAAAACCGUAGCUCCGUCGGCUGCGGGUAAGCAGCCGCCGACGCAGGCGAAGCUCCCUACGAAGCCUCUCCCACCGGCUCAGGCUGUCAGGGAGUCAAAAUCUGAUUCUGCAAGAGUAGGUCGUGGUGGAGCACGUGGGCGUGGGCGUGGCAGUGGUGGUGGGUCUUACAGAGACUCAUCCCAGAACGAAAACUCUUAUGGAAACAGGGAAUUUUCUGUUGGUCAAGGUGCAUCUGAUGAUGCUGAUGCUGGAAAGUCUUAUGAAAGACGUGGUGGUUAUGGUGGACCUCGUGGGUCUUUCCGAGGUGGUCGCAGAGGUGGUUUCAGCAAUGGAGAUGCGGGAGAAGGCGAUCGUGAUCGCCCUCGUAGGCCAAUGGAUCGCCGUAGCGGAACUGGUUAUGGAUAUGAGCCAAAAAGGGAAGGAGCUGGCCGUGGAAACUGGGGAACUCAGUCUGAUGAACUGGUCAAUGUGGCUGAGGGUGUUCCUUCUGAAGGUGAGAAGGUUUUGGAUGUUGAGAGGCCCUCUGGAGAGGAUGCUGCUAUUGCAGUAGAUGGAGAGAAGGAAGCUUCCCAAAUUGAAGUUGAAGAGAAGGAACCUGAGGAUAAGGAGAUGACCCUGGAAGAAUAUGAGAAGAUUUUGGAAGAGAAAAGAAAGGCUCUGCAAGCCCUUAAAACUGACAGCAGGAAGGUUGAUGUCAAAGAGUUUGAGUCCAUGCUACAACUUUCAAACAAGAAAGCUGCUGAUGAUAUUUUCAUCAAACUGGGUUCUGAGAAGGACAAAAAGAAAGAGUUGGCUGAGAAAGAAGAAAGAGCCAAAAAGUCUGUGAGCAUCAAUGAGUUCCUGAAGCCUGCUGAUGGCGAGAAGUUCUACAAUCCUGGUCGUGGUCGGGGCCGUGGACGUGGUGGUCCAAGAGGUGGUUAUAGUGGAGGCAGUGAGAUGAGCGCUGUGAGAGCACCAGCCAUUGAAGAUCCAGGCCAGUUCCCCACCUUAGGCGGUAAAUGAGUUGGUUCUCUUGUCUUGCUCCUGCGUUUUAUCUCCCAUACCAUACAAUACAAGGUUGAGCAGGAGUAUAACUGGAAUAAUGUUAUGUGUAUUGAAAGUCGAAAAGAAUUUCACGCUUAAAAAUGUAUAUCUAUGGCGUCUCCUGUGAUGUCCAUGUAGUAGUGUUUCUCUAAUCCCAUACUGUGUUUUUCCAGAUUUUCCAUAGUUAGAGUGGAAUGUUACUUUUUUAUGAUUCUCCAGGUAUUUUUGUUACUCAGUUUUGUUUAUGAAUAUGACAGAUUUACUUCGUUUAUCA